AUGACUGCCAUUCAGCCUGCGGAUACCAAGGGUCCCCGGAUAAAGCGCGAGUCGCGAUCUCGGAAAGGAUGUCCGGAGUGCCGGAGCCGCAAGAUCAAGUGCGAUGAACAGAGGCCCGAAUGUGGGCAGUGUCUCAAGGCUGGCCGGGUCUGUCGUAUGGUUGACAGCUUGUUCAAGCCGCAUUCGUACACUUUCCUGGCCCAGACCCCGCCGAAGUCAAAAACCCAAGCUGCGCCUGCUGGGGAGAACGUCUCUGGUAGAGAAUCGACGGGAAAUACUCCUUUGCAUCAACAGAGGCUUCCGGUGGCGGCGGAAACAGAGCAGCCCAAUGCUCGUAAGGCUGCAAGAACACCACCGAACAAGAACAAUUGUGCUCCCUCCACGAGCACAUGGACGAGCCCAGGUUUGCCUUUUCAACAAGAGAGCAAUUUAUUAUCAACAGCGAGUGCCGGCUCCCGAGUUCCGACCGCCGACUUUGAAGAGAGUUACCAAGACCGCUGCGAGAUCGCUUUUUUCUUCCGCCACUUCUGUGAAGGCCCCGGGAAAUGGAUGGAUAUCUGCGGUAGCCAGUCUUACUUUAGCAGAAACGCCGUCAUAUUCGCGCACCGGAAUCCCCUAAUACGAUAUGCGGCCUGCGCGUUGGCUGCAAAACAACUGGGCCAGACGCGGCAGCCAGAAGCCCAUGUUCGGGGGACGAACAGGCAGAGAGUGGUGAUGAAGGCCUUGAUUGACACGAAGCUUGGCUUUACCUGGUAUGGAGCCAAGUAUUAUGAGAAGGCCAUUCAGCUACUCGCCCAACAAAUCUCCAGCAAAGACGCGUCCACGAGCUCCAUGUCACCGAAUCAUAUCUAUGGUCUGAGUAACAUCCGGCCGGAGACCAAUUCCGACGACGCCGAUGUCGCACUUCAGAUUAUAGCGGCCUGCAUUUUGUGCCAGUACGAAGAUGUCAAUGCCACCAUCCAGGCAUGGUCAGGGCAUCUGGAUGGCGUGUUUCGUCUGCUUCGGCCUCACCUCCCGGAAUCAGCAUGCUUCCAACUCUGUACUACCCUUCCACAGCCGGCUGAAUCAAUGGACGCGGUGUUCUGGUUUUUCGUGGUCAACGAUCUAAUGAACGCCUUUGUGACCCAUCGCAAAACUCGAAUCGGCCCUGAAAACAAUGCGCUCUGGUGCAGAAUGGGUCUGCCACUCGAUCGUUUUGGAAAUUUGGUAAUUGAUGGGGUAGGAGGCAUGGAACAGGAGACACUUCUAUACAGAGCUUUGAUCCGAAUAAUGUGUCAGAUGGUCAAUUCUGACAUCAGAGAUGCUGCGCAGUGGGUUAUGGUCAGCGAGAAGUUUGACGGCUGGCAAAAAGCAGUGCCCCCAUCUUUCUACGUUCCCACCAGCUGGCCACCGGAUGACCCCGAGCUUAACCCCAAUCCCGGCUCUUUUGCGAGGGAGACAUGGUUUGCGAGCGAUAUUUCCGCAAUCACCCUAGCUAUGUAUCACAUGUCGCGUACAAUUCUACUCACGGAGCAACUAAACGAGCCGCUUGUGGCCCUUAGUCCAAACGCCCAUAAGGACAUUGGCUCAUACGACGACUUGCGCCAAGAAGUCCGGAAACAUUCUGUGGAGAUCAUCGCAAUAAUGCACGCGAUCCCAAGCGAAAGAUUUCAGAAGUAUAUGCUGCAGCCGCUUUAUAUCGCCGGGCGGUGCCUGAUAGAUGAGCAAGAACAAAAAGAGUUGCUCAAUCUAUUACGUACAAUGGCCGAAGACUUGGGUCUCUUUACCGACUACCGAAUACAGGAUCUUUGUGAAGGAUGGGGGAUGCCAUACAGUGGAAUCGACCGAAGAGACGGUCUCGGAAUUUUAACAUGA